UUCAAAUGCCAAGAAGACAAAUUCAUCAACAAUAAAUUGUGAAAUUUCGGCAAAAUAUUAAUUUCAUUAAAAUAAAUCAGAUAUUCAGCUACUUAAGAGUGAAAUAUAACAUAAAAGCAUCAUGACUAAUAGUGAGAAGCCACAGCCAAUGGAAGUAGAUCAAAAGAAACCCGAGGAAAAGACGGAAGAGAAGCAAGAAUUGUCUGACGAAGACGAGCAGUUACAGGCAGAAUUAAACAAGCUAGUCGAGACAUUACAACAAGAAAAUGUCGAUCUGUAUUUGCCAGCACUUACAGAAUUGGGUGAAAAGAUUAAAGCAUCAACAACAUCAAUGACUUCAGUUCCAAAACCACUGAAAUUUAUGCGACCUCAUUAUGAAUCAAUGAAGGAAGUCCAUAAUAAUAUGACAAAGAAUGUUAAAGACAAGGGAAUAUUAAAAUUAUGUGCUGAAAUCAUCUCCGUAUUGGCAAUGACGAUGGGAACAGGCAAAGAUUGUCUCGUCUAUCGAUUACUUUGUGAUGAGAACUCUAAAGAAAGUGCUUUAGGAUUAUGGGGACAUGAAUAUGUUCGUCAUCUUUCCGGUGAAAUUGCUAGCAAUUGGCAUGAAGCAUCAGAACAAUUUCGUGAAAGAUUAGAAAUUCUUGUUGAUCAAAUUAUUCCAUACAAUAUGGCCCAUAAUGCUGAGGCUGAAGCUUGUGAUCUUUUAAUGGAAGUAGAAAAGUUGAAUUUAUUAGAAAAGUAUGUCGACGAAAGUGCAUAUCCAAGAGUUUGUUUGUAUCUUCAAAGCUGUGUACCAUAUGUACCCGAUCCAGAAAAUGUCAGCUUAUUAAAAUGUGCUCUUAACUUGUCAAAGAAGUUUAAGCAACAUACACAGGCGAUGAGAAUUGCAUUAAUGUUAAAUAAUCUUGACGAAAUUAAGGAUAUCUUCCUCACUUGUCCAGAUCUUGCUACUCAGAAGCAACUCGCUUUCAUGUUGGGUCGUCAGCAAGUCUUAUUGGAACUACCAGAAGGCUAUGCCAACUUUGAAGACUUGACUGAUAUCAUGUCAAAUUCAUUGUUGAAUGCACACUUUUUGAAUUUGGCACGUGAAUUGGACAUUAUGGAACCAAAAACGCCAGAGGACGUCUACAAAUCACAUUUAGAUAAUUCUAGAGCUCAUUUUGGAUCAUCUGGAGUUGAUUCCGCACGUCAGAAUUUAGCAGCUAGUUUUGUAAACGGUUUCGUUAAUGCUGGAUUCGGUCAAGAUAAGUUAUUGAUGGAAGAUGGAAACAAGUGGCUUUAUAAGAACAAAGAACAUGGAAUGUUUAGUGCUAUGGCAUCACUUGGAUUAAUCUUAUUGUGGGAUGUUGAUGGCGGUUUGACUCCAAUUGAUAAAUAUCUUUAUUCAUCCGAGGAUCAUAUUAAGGCUGGAGCACUUCUUGCUUGUGGAAUUGUUAAUUGUGGUGUUAGAAAUGAAGUUGAUCCAGCAUUGGCUUUAUUAUCUGAUUAUGUCGUCCAUACUAAUAGCACUAUGAGAAUAGGAUCAAUUCUUGGUCUUGGACUCGCUUAUGCUGGAUCAAAUCGUGCUGAUGUCAUUCAAUUAAUUUCACCAGUCUUUAGUUCCGAAAAAAGGAGUGGAUCGACAAAUGAAGUAUUGGGAAUUGCUGCUUUGGCACUUGGAAUGAUUGCUGUUGGAUCAUGUAAUGCAGAAGUGACUGAAACAUUAACACAAAUUAUUAUGGAACGUACUGAAACAGAUUUCCGUGAUACAUUCUCAAAGUUUUUGUUUCUUGGACUUGGUCUUGUCUAUUUAGGUCGUCAGGAAGCAGCUGAAGCUGUUAUUGCUGCUUUAGGAGUUAUUGAUGAACCACACAAAUCAACUGCUACGACAAUGGUUGAGAUUUGUGCUUAUGCUGGAACAGGAAAUGUCUUGAAAAUUCAACACUUGCUUCAUAUUUGUAGUGAUCAUUAUGAACCUUAUACACCAGAAUCGAGUGAUAAGAAAAAGACGGACACGAAUGAAGCACAACAAAAGGAGGAAAGAGAAAAGGACUUGUCACAAUGUCAAUCUGUUGCUGUCUUAGGAAUUGCCUUGAUUGCCCUCGGUGAAGAUAUUGGUGCUGAAAUGGCAUAUCGAUCAUUUGGAAACUUGUUACGUUAUUGUGAACCAACAAUUCGUCGUGCAGUUCCUCUCGCUUUAGGUCUCAUUUCCGUCUCAAAUCCAAAACUUAAUAUUCUCGAUACAUUGAGUAAAUUCUCACACGACAGUGAUGCUGAAGUAGCACAUAAUGCCAUUUUCGCAAUGGGAUUAGUUGGAGCAGGAACAAAUAAUGCGAGACUUGCUUCUAUGCUACGUCAACUUGCACAAUAUCAUGCAAAGGAUCCAAAUAAUCUCUUUAUGGUCCGCAUUGCUCAAGGCUUGACACAUUUAGGAAAGGGAACUUUGACACUCUCACCUUAUCAUAGUGAUCGUCAAUUAAUGAGCCCCGUCGCUUUAGCUGGAUUAAUGGCAACGCUUGUUGCAUUCUUAGAUGUCAAGAACAUAAUUUUAUCCAAAUCCCAUUACCUCCUCUACACAUUAGCAACAGCAAUGCAACCAAGAAUGCUCGUAACUUUCGAUGAAAACCUCACUCCGUUAACAGUUCCAGUACGUGUUGGUGUGGCUGUAGAUGUCGUUGGACAGGCUGGAAAACCUAAAACAAUUACAGGCUUUCAGACACACACAACGCCUGUAUUAUUAGCAAUGGGAGAGCGUGCUGAACUUGCAACUGAAGAAUAUACAGCCGUUACGCCUGUAAUGGAAGGCUUUGUCAUUCUCCAGAAGAAUCCAAACUAUAAACCUUAAGAAAAUAAAUUUUUUAUUACGAUUAAAAUGUCAUUAAUUAUCUGAAAAAUUUGAAUAAAAUAAACUUCUAAUCAUAUUCAUCAA